CAGAAGGGCAAUUUGGUGUGCUACACUUACGCAUUGGACCUUCUACUGAAAUCGAAACAAAUAAUUACCUAGUACAAAUCGUAUAGUUUACUAAUGAAUGUUCCGUAGUAUCUGGAUACAUGGUUAAAAUCAAGUACCAUGCCCAAGAGCUUCUUAGUCAGCUCUGAGCAAUCGUCGAUAUCAGAUAACUGAGAGCCCUUCGCCUCGCGGCGUCGGCGACUCGUCCGGCGUAAUCAAAGUGUCAACAACUCGUUUAUCAUAUUUCAAUGAGACAAAAACGGUGCGAAUUUCGCUGUCGCCAUCGCUGCACGGAAUCUCUUCGUUUCUAAGAGUCGCAGUUUGCUAGUGGAUCUUACAGGAACAACUCUCACGAUCACUGUCACUCGGAAUAAAGGGAAAAACUCCUGCUAGUGGAAAUCAAUUUACCGUUCUAAAGCGGACAAGUUCUCAGUUCUAUACUCGAAGAUUAAAAAUGUAGCACCAUGAAAUACCAGCAGUGCGUAAUUGAUCUCGCGAUCCUACUGAUCACGAUUCCAUCACUAGUCGUAGUAGCGCUGCUGUUGGAGUACACGAUGAACCACACCGACUGGUCAGAUCAACUGGAGUCCCAGAUCAUAGUGCUGGGUCUGGCGGUGGCAUUCUUUGUGAUCUGCAUCAUGAUAACGCUAUACCUCACGCACCGAGUAGGGACCUGCAUGUGGACCGGACCGCUACCCAUGGACCAGCAGUCAAUCUAUACCAUUGAACGUGGUACGGAAAGUGGUCUACCACCGGACUACUAUACCUCCCUACUGGAUCCGCCCUCGUACGAGAAGCUGGACAAGUACCUGCUAAUAGACGAACCACCUCCGUCGUACGCAGCGUCGGUGGCGUCCUUGGAGGGAGCUCAUAUAUGAUAAGAAAAUACGUCGAAUUCGCGUCGUCACCACCGUAUGUAAAUCAGUUCUGUUAUGCGAGAUCUGGCGAAGGAAUAAAGGAGAAUGUUUACGCGGUUUGCUUGUUA